UAGUGGGUGGUUUUUUUAGUUGAGGACCAUAAAACAUGUGAUUUGAUUAGACCCAUUUCAAAGUUCCUAUCUUUCCUUUUAGGGUCACUGGUUUUUGAAAGAUCAAUGAUAGGAAGCAUUCAAUCUGUUUGAUACAAGUUCAUUCAUUCUUCAACAGUAGUUGUUUACUUGUCUUACCCACAUUUUUUUCAAUCUUCAUUCUCUUUUCCACCAUGUAAUAAUAAUAAUUUGGGAACUGGAAACAAUACCUGAAAGGCUGAAGUAACUAACUACUCCAUGAGUUUUCCAACAGGUUCUUCAAAAAGUUAUUUUAUUGGCAGCCAAUCAUGGCUGCUCAAACAAACAGCCAGAGUUACUGGCUGAACUGGAGAUUUUUGCUUUGUUCCAUCUGUCUCUUGGUCAUAACCAUCUUCUCAUUGGUGCUGAUAUGGAAGUAUGAACGUAUAAGAAGGCGAGCAAGAAAUGGAAGCAGGGAAAACCAAGAAGAAACAUCAGCAACUUUGUAUGAGGAUGAAACUUGGAAACCUUCCCUGAAAGGAAUUCACCCUGCUUGGUUGAUGGCUUUCAGAGUUUUUGCAUUUAUUCUGCUUUUGGUGCUUCUCAUAGUCGAUGCUGCUGUUUAUGGGGGACACGUUUUCUUCUUUUACACUCAGUGGACUUGUCUGUUACUCAUCAUUUACUUUGGGCUUGGAUCCUUGCUCUCUAUGCAUGGAUGUUACCAACAUCAUAAGAAAGCGAACGGGGAUAAGGUUGAUAAUGUGGAUGGAGAUGCGGAGCAAGGCAUUUCUAGUGCUCCUGCACUCCCUCUAAGUUCUAUUGCAUCCGACCAAGAGAAAAACUUGGAAGCCCCAGAAAAAAAACAUGUUCGCCAACAUGCAGGAACUUGGGGUUAUAUUUUUCAAAUAAUAUUCCAGAUCAAUGCAGGUGCUGUAAUGCUCACUGAUUGUGUAUUUUGGUUUGUAAUUGUUCCAUUUCUAACCAACAGAGAUUACAACCUGAGUUUUUUGACAGUCUGUAUGCAUUCACUCAAUGCGGUUUUCCUUAUCGGCGAUACAGCUUUAAAUUGCCUGCGGUUCCCUUGGUUUCGAAUCGGAUACUUUUGCCUAUGGACAGCCACAUAUCUGAUUUUCCAGUGGAUUGUUCAUGCUUGCAUUAAUCUCUGGUGGCCUUAUCCAUUUCUUGACUUGUCAUCUUCAUAUGCUCCACUAUGGUACUUUGCGGUGGCAUUGCUGCAUAUUCCGUGCUAUGGUAUUUUCGCUUUGGUGAUGAAGCUGAAACACUAUGUCUUCACUACGUGGUGCCCUGACUCAUAUCAAUGUCUAAGGUGACUUUGGCUUAGGAGUAAACUACACGGGAGAGAAUAUUUUACCAUAGAAGGAAGAAUAAAAUGUCAGAUAGUACCAUU